ACCACUGUGGGACUUCCCUGCUUAUUUGGCUGUUUUGGUCGAAAAUGUGAAGUGCUCCCUUCUUCAUAGGUCGAUUUAAACUGCCGUUUGCGCUACAAACAGCUAUUCCUCCGUUCCAAGUAGUUGAGUCUACAGGCUCCGGAUAGAGGUCUUUUACACUAUGAGAUACAGACGACACAACUUACCGUAUCGUGGAUUUCCUGCAAAGAAUUAUCGCGGAGCAACCUUCUGCAACGCCAACAAAACUCUGCUUAAGAAACUUCUUAGGUUUUGUUGGGUAAAAAGUUAGGUUUUGCCUGAAAAAGGUGCUCCUUUAAUUAUCUCCCAAAUUCAAAUAAAAGGAUUUAAGUUGACGUAUGACCACGUGAGCACAUAAUACAGCGCAUUAUUGUGGCAUUUGGAUCGGAGACCUAUGCUGGCUUCGGCUGUGAUUACGCUUUUCCACUUUCUGUUAAGAGCCAGCUAUUUUCUUCUAAAGGGAUUGCACUCUGGGCACUGGAUUUCACAUGAAGGAAUAUAUGCGAGCAGGGGAGAUGCUGCAUUUAGCGGAAUGGAUUUUAUUUUGAGGUACUCCAAAUGCUUCCGUUGAUUGUUCAUUAAUAUGACUAUAUAUUAAAUAACAAUUCUACAAUCAGAGACUUUUCAGUGAGACUGAACAAACUUUCGGUCUACCCGAAGAGGCCAUUGGAAGAAGAGAGUCACGUGACACGGGGUGCCAAUGUUAUUCUAUAAGGGUGUCAAGACCCUGUCAGUUUGCGAAAUAAAUAUUGGGAAACAACGAGAUGCAAAAAGCGACAUACUACGACAGCUCUGCAAUUUUCGGUGGUUACACAUACCAAGGAGCAAAUGGUUUUAACUACAAUGCCAGUCAGCUGCAAUAUCCGCCUUCGUCCCAUGUGGAAAACGACUAUCAUCGGCCCGCCUGCUCUCUGCAGUCACCGGCUAGCACUGUUCCCCAUCACAAACCCAACGAUAUCAAUGAAAGUUGCAUGCGAACCAGUGCCAGCCAACAGAGCCAUCACCCAGUUAUUGCAGAGCAACAGCAACAGAAGCAGCCACCCCCUCCACCGCCUCCUCCACCACCACCAUCUGUCUCACCACCCCAAAAUACCAGCAGCAACUCGACCCAGCCCAGCACUAACAAAAAUCCUACACUUACCUCACAAACCACCAUUAGUAAACAAAUAUUCCCCUGGAUGAAAGAGUCGCGCCAAAACGCCAAGCAAAAAACCAGCAGUUCCAGUUCAGUUGAAAGUUCUGCUGGUGAGAAGAGUCCGCCAGGCCCAGCCUCCAAGAGGGCACGCACAGCAUACACCAGUGCUCAGCUGGUGGAACUGGAGAAGGAGUUUCACUUUAAUCGCUACCUUUGCAGGCCCCGGAGGGUCGAAAUGGCCAACCUCUUAAACCUCACUGAAAGACAGAUUAAAAUCUGGUUCCAAAAUCGUAGAAUGAAAUACAAAAAGGAUCAGAAAGCGAAAGGCAUGCUAACUUCCUCUGGCGGACAGUCUCCAUGCAGGAGCCCCAUUCCACCAUCAGCUGCAGGAGGAUAUGUAAACUCCAUGCAUUCCUUGACAACCAGUGCUCCAUACGACCCCCACUCACCUACGUCCUUCAGCAAACCUCAUCAAAAUGCCUAUGCUAUCCCUACGUCUUAUCCCGGGCCCCUCAACAGUUGCCCACCUCCACAGAAGAGGUAUGCUGGGACGGCAGCUGUGACGCCUGAGUAUGACACGCAUCCUCUUCAAGGCAAUGGCGGCUAUGGGACUCCUCAUUUACAGGGUAGCCCAGUCUAUGUUGGAGGAAACUUUGUGGAAUCCAUGCCGAGCUCUGGGCCUUCCCUUUUCAGCCUAACCCACCUCGGUCAUCCUCCCUCUGGAAACAUGGACUACAACAGCGCAGGGCCAAUGACAAGCAACCAUCACCAUGGACCUUGCGACCCACAUCCCACGUACACAGACCUUUCUUCGCACCAUCCGUCUCAGGGAAGAAUUCAGGAAGCACCCAAACUGACCCAUCUGUAAUGGGCCAGUUAGCCCCUGGUGGACUAUCACUUUCUCAUGCUUUUAUGUCAUGUUAUCUAUGAUUACACUCCCUCUUUUCCCCUUGCCUUUUUUGAUUUAUUAUCAACCCUUAUAGUUUACAUGUAAUGUACCUAUUGACAACCAAUCAUUGCUUGCAUUGCUCUGUCUCUGGUUAGUGGUUGUUCUUUCCGGACUCCAGCCUUAACAUUCAGUAGUAGAAGUGAAGUACUAAGGCUUACAGAACUUUGCAUAUAUAAUCUUCUACUCUAUGGAACAGGGUAUAUGAACAAAUUUUCUAAAAAAAAUACUUAAACGUGAAUUUGUUCGUGCUUUAUUUUUCCUUGCGAGGAACAGUAAAAUGGUUUAUAUUGCACUUCUUUACAUUGAAUGGUUAAACAAGAUCAAAGCGCUUGUACAGGGUCUCCCUGGGCAAAUAAGAGUUCUUGUCCAUCUUUCAGUAUGUGUGUAUGCUGGUGAACAUUCAAAUUUAUUUAUUUGCUCUUGCAAAGGAGAAUAUUCUAAGUGUUUAAAUAUUAUUUAUCCCCAUCGACCCAUAUUUAUAAAGAGAACUGUACAUUGACUAUUUACUUGGUUCUGUUCAGCCUUGUGUUUUAAGUCAUGGUAAAUAUAUGUUUUUUUUAAUUCCUGUAAAAUACACAGAAAAGUAGUUUUCUGUUAGUAAUGUAUUCAUGAAAAACGCAAUUUGGUCAAUCGUGGGAAUAACGCCAAGAAAAGGGACUUAGUCUGUAACUGUAGUAUUCUUAAAAUGGAACACAAAAUUGCCACAGUUUUGUUUUAGAUAUGCAUUCCAUGCUGCAAAUGAGAUAUCCGUUGAACAGCUAGUUCAGACGAAUAAAUUUUUUUUGUCAGCAA